AUGACAUCUGUAUAUCAGGAGGCUCUCAAGUACAUUUGCGAACGGACGUAUUGGCGCGCCCUCGAUAAGCUUCAUUGUCUUGUCGUGCAGCAGUUAUUUGAGCUUCAAAAGCUCAAUGUUUCACAUACCGGCUACAAGAUGCGCACACAUAUUGCAAAAUCACUGCAGGUCCGCAGCAAGACAAUCAAGAAGACUGUCGCCAACUACAAUGCCGUCGCUGUAACCAUGAACCCAUCAAAGCCAAUGCUCGACUGGUCAGAGGUCAUGCACUACGCCUUCCUGGAGGAGUUUUCACUCCUUCAGAAUACCAGGAACAAUGUUCGUCAGAAACCAUGA